UCUAUUGCAAUAGGAAGGACGAAAAUUAAAUGUAAAAUUCAUGUUUCAAAUGUAUGAUUUGAAAAUAAAAAAAGGGGGUGUUGAAUUCAAAUUGACAUUUUCUCAGACACUGAGGGCAGAGGGCUGUCCCUGGCUUUCUGCUCCACCAAAUGAAUCCGAGGAAGUUGAAGACACACUGCAGGGUUGCAAAGGCUCUCAGCUCAGGAGACUUGUGAAAACUGGGCCCUUUAAUAAGAGAUUCUGGACUUCAACUCCCAGAAGCCUCAGCCACGUUGCUCAAUAGCCUGGGGUCCUGGGAGCUGAAGUCCAAAAUCUCUUAAAGGACCCAGUUGGGGGGGAAACCAAUCCUUUAAUUCUGUCUUUUCGCCCUAGAAGCAGAUGAAGGGGUGUUCUUAACCGGCGGUGUUUAGGACCCGGGAGAGCAAUCUCUCAUCCUCCGCUCUGACGUCUUCAUGACGUCUUCAAGGCGGAAGUGCUUUCGCUUGCGUAAAAUGGCGGCGGGUGGCGAGUAGCCUCACACUCCCAAGAGAUAGGGGCAAAGCGGGGUCUGCACGCGCAACACACACUUCCGGCACCCAAUGGGCGAAGGCUGCCUGGGAAGAACAGCUGUGCCUCUCUCUUCCUAAUUGGGAAAAUGGUGGAGAAGAAAUGCUCAGUGCGGUCCCAGGACCCCGGCCAGAAGCGGAUCUUGGACCGGGCGACCCGCCAACGCCGCCUCAACCGCCAGUUGGAGGCGCUAGAGAAUGACAAUUUCCAAGAUGACCCUCACGCCAAUAUGCCCCAACUUGUGAAGCGCCUGCCUCAAUUCGACGAUGAUGCUGAAACAGGUAAAAAGAAGAAGAAAACCCGAGGGGACCAUUUCAAGCUGCGUUUCCGGAAGAACUUUCAAGCUUUGCUGGAAGAACAGCAGAACCUGAAUGUGAGUGAAGGACCGAACUAUCUGACAGCGUGUGCACCCCCUUCCAACCUGCCCCAACGCCAUUUCUGCACAGUCUGUGGCUUCCCAUCGAACUACACAUGUGUAUCCUGUGGAGCCCGCUAUUGCUGUGUCAAGUGCUUGGGGACACACCAGGAAACUCGGUGCCUGAAGUGGACAGUGUGAGAACUGAGAAUUUAUUCUGAAGAACUGCAAUGCAGCAGAUUAUAUGAAAAGGGAACACAAGACUUUCUAGUCACUGGUGGAUGUCUUGGGCUUAGAUUGAGCUCUCACAAGACUGAAAUACUAGGUUCUCAGAACUGGGAACAGAGAUAACACAAAACUGAAAGGAGGCUAUGGACCCUGACAGUCACUAUCCUUUGAGUAAUAAAAACGAUUUUUAUAUGAUCA